AUGCCACGCGAAAUAAUUACCUUGCAAGCCGGACAGUGUGGAAACCAAAUUGGAAGUGAGUUUUGGAGACAAAUCUGUUCUGAGCAUGGCAUCAGCAAUGACGGAACCUUGGAAGAGUUUGCCACAGAAGGCGGUGACCGAAAGGAUGUGUUCUUCUAUCAGGCUGAUGAUGAGCAUUAUAUUCCUCGUGCAUUGUUGUUGGAUCUUGAGCCUAGAGUCAUUGAUAAUAUUAAAGCGUCGCCAUUUGCCAACCUAUACAACCCUGAGAAUAUAUUCACGUCAAAAGAUGGUGGAGGAGCAGGGAACAUUUGGCCAAAUGGAUACACACAAGCUGAAAAGAUGUCUGAAGAUAUUAUGGACAUGGUGGACAGAGAAGCAGACAACAGUGAUUCAUUAGAGGGAUUCAUGCUACUCCACUCAAUUGCUGGCGGUACUGGAUCUGGUUUAGGUUCAUUUCUACUGGAAAGACUCAAUGAUCGCUACCCAAAGAAAUUGAUACAGACAUACUCCGUAUUCCCUGAUUCGAUUGAGGUAUCCGAUACAGUAGUUCAACCUUACAACAGCAUGCUUGCAUUGAAGAGAUUGACAAACAAUGCGGACAGCGUAGUCGUUCUCGAUAAUGCAGCUUUAUCGCGUAUUGCAACCGAUCGAUUACACAUUCAACAACCCACGUUCGAGCAAACAAAUCAGUUAGUGUCUACAGUCAUGUCAGCAAGCACAUCCACACUGCGAUAUCCAGGCUACAUGAAUAACGAUCUCGUCAGUAUCGUUGCUUCGUUGAUCCCUACACCGAGAUGUCAUUUCUUAACAACGGCGUACACACCAUUCUCUAGUGAGCAAGUGGAAAAGGCCAAAUCAAUCCGCAAAACUACUGUCUUGGAUGUGAUGAGAAGAUUACUACAACCCAAGAACAGAAUGGUCAGCACAAUGCCAUCGAAGCGCAGUUGCUACAUUUCAGUAUUAGACAUUAUUCAAGGUGAAGCAGACCCUACCGAUGUGCAUAAGUCCUUGCUGCGUAUCCGUGAGAGAAGAUUAGCAUCAUUUAUACCUUGGGGACCAGCUAGUAUUCAGGUCGCACUUUCCAAAAAAUCACCCUAUGUUCAGACACCUCAUCGUGUGAGUGGACUCAUGCUGGCAAACCACACAAGUAUUGCCUCUUUGUUCAAACGUACAUGCGACCAAUAUGAUAAAUUAAGGAAAAGGAAUGCAUUCUUGGAACAGUACAGAAAACAUGCCAUGUUUGCUGAUGAUCUAGAGGAGUUUGAUGAUUCUCGUCGUGUGGUGCAAGAGCUAAUCGACGAGUACGAAGCUUGCGAGACCCCUGAAUAUGUUAAUUAUGGUAAAAUAAAUACCUCAAUGGAGACCUGA